AUGCGCGCCUCAAGCUGCACUCGUCUCCAACAACUAUUGACGAGCACCUCAGGAGGCCUUUCCACCACACGGCUUCCUCCGACCCAUCAUAUGCACUGAAAGCCACAAGAACUCCCAAAAUGACUAACAGCAUAAUGAAUUCCUCAAUGCCGCUUCCCUACAGCAGCAGCCAGGUAGCCUUUGGCUACCCCGAAGGCUACUCGCUCUUAGACUUGGUUCCUGACGACGUAAAGCCCUUGAUCCAUCCUCACUGGAGCAACUUCCCUCCCGUCAACCCCAUGUGGCACUAUCUACUGGCCGGUAUCUUCAUCAUCCUGGGCAUUCUCUCCUUCUUCGGUAACGGCAUGGUCAUGUAUCUGUUCUCGUGCAAGAAGAAUCUCCGCUCGCCCGCCAAUAUGUUCGUGGUCAACUUGGCUUUCAGUGACUUCAUGAUGAUGGUGACACAGUUUCCCAUCUACGUAGUGAACUGCUUUGAAGGUGGCUAUUGGACCCUUGGCGCCUUUGUCUGCCAGGUAUACGCCUUCACGGGGUCAGUCUUUGGACUCACCUCCCUCCUGACACUGGCAGCCAUUGGCUACGAUCGCUACUGCGUUAUCGUGAGGGCCUUCGACGGCGGUCACAUCAGCUCUGGCAAGGCCUUCAUUAUGAUCCUGUUCUGCUGGGGAUACGCCAUCGCCGUCUCCAUCUGGCCCUUCUUCGGCUGGAACGCCUACAUCCCUGAGGGCAUCCUCACUUCCUGUAGCUUCGACUACAUCAGCCGAGAUUGGGGAACCAGGUCCUUUGGCAUCUUCCUGUUCGUUAUGUGCUACGUCUUGCCUCUGCUCCUCAUCAUAUUCGUCUACUCCCAGAUCGUUAGUGCCAUCCGUGCCCACGAGAGGGCGCUGCGUGAGCAAGCCAAGAAAAUGAACGUGCAAAACCUUCGUUCCAAUGCCGACCAGAAUAAGCAGAGUGCGGAGGUGCGUAUCGCCAAGGUGGCCGUUGGCAACGUGUUCCUGUGGCUGCUCACCUGGACUCCCUACGCCGUCGUGGUCAUGCUGGGUCUGUUUGGAGACCAGAACAAGCUGACGCCUCUCGUGUCCGCGUUGCCGGGACUCAUAGCCAAGACAGCCUCCGUGUACAACCCCAUCAUGUUCGCCAUCUCGCAUCCCAGGUUCCGCCUGGCGCUGAUGGAGGUGUGGCCCUGGUUCUGCAUCCACGAGGAAAAGGACGACGACACCAAGUCUACUAAGACUGAAGAUGGUGAGACCAAAUAGGUUUUUGAUUAUACUGAAAAAUUUAUUUAGGCCUUUGGUGAUUAUGGAAACCCCGUUUCGAUUUUUGACUCUGCUGGAAAGCUUUCUUCAUUGUGGGUAGCAGGUACAGAGGAUGCAAAACUUCUUAGUGAUGUUUGACGUCCGUACUAGCAAACGACAAUAGCACCUGCUGUUCACUUCCUGUAUCCUUGUUUCUGGUACUGACUAAUACCCGUGAAAGAGAGAGGAGAGGGAAGGGAAAGUGAGGAAUGCCUUUUAGCUGUUAAAAGAAAACAAUAAAAAAAAAAAAAAAAAUCACAUGUAAAAAAAGUACUUGCAGGAAAAAAAACAAAAAAAACUAGCCAGUAUUGAAUGAUUCAAUAAACUUGUUAAUUG